AUGAAGUCAGUCCGCGCCUGGGAUGGUGCUCAUGGCGACUACCGUUUCCGCUUCGGCCACCAAAGGCAUGCACAAAGGUCGUUCUACGCACUGGGCAAGAUGCCUGCAUACACGUGGCAAGGUGAAUUAUGUAUCCGCACUAACAAAGAGUCUCGCACUCAUCCUGUUGGUCAGGUUCGACUGCGAGAGAUGUCGCUGGAGUAG